UGCCUUAUAGCUGCUAAGACUGCGGACAGAAAUAGCACAACCACUGUGAGCUGUGCGCGACUCAUUUUAUCCAAGACCACAUUUUAUCUACUUUCAUUAAUCAGUUGCUCAGAAAGAAAGAAAUGACAUCUGGUCCAUUCUUCUUCUGCAUCUUCAUUAUUGGAAAAUACUUCACUCCCGGGAGUGCACAGGAUGUCAGCUGCCCCCUUGGCUCCUUCCCCUGUGGGAACAUCACCAGGUGCUUGCCUCAGCCGCUUCACUGCAACGGUGUGGACGACUGCGGGAACCAAGCCGAUGAGGACAACUGUGGAGACAACAAUGGGUGGUCUCUACAACUCGACAAAUACUUUGCUAAUUACUACAAACUGACUUCCAUGAAACCCUUUGAGGCAGAAACUUCUGAAUGCUUGGUUGGCUCUGUGCCCAUGCAUUGUUUGUGCCGAGAUCUAGAGCUUGACUGUGAUGAAGCCAAUUUACGAGCUGUCCCGUCAGUUUCUGCCAAUGUGACUGUAAUGUCCCUGCAGCGGAACUCCAUAAGAACACUCCCUCCCAACGGCUUCAGGAAGUACCACGAGCUCCAAAAGCUGUGCCUGCAAAACAAUAAGAUUCACUUCGUGUCCGUCUCUGCUUUCAGGGGACUGCGCAGCCUCACUAAACUGUACCUCAGCCACAACAGAAUAAGCUUCCUGAAGCCAGGAGUCUUUGAAGAUCUCCACAGACUGGAAUGGCUGAUAAUGGAAGACAAUCACCUCAGCCGAAUUUCCCCACUCACAUUUUAUGGACUGAAUUCUCUUAUUCUCUUAGUGCUGAUGAAUAAUGCCCUCACCCGUUUGCCUGACAAACCCCUCUGUCAGCACAUGCCCCGGCUCCACUGGCUGGACUUUGAAGGCAACCAUAUUCAUAAUUUAAGAAAUUUGACUUUUAUUUCCUGCAAUAAUUUAACUGUUUUGGUAAUGAGGAAAAACAAAAUUAAUCACUUAAAUGAGCAUGCAUUUACACACCUCCAGAAACUAGAUGAAUUGGAUUUGGGAAGUAAUAGGAUUGAAAAUCUUCCACCAAACAUAUUUAAGGACCUGAAGGAGCUGUCACAAUUGAAUAUUUCCUAUAAUCCAAUCCAGAAAAUUCAAGUAAAUCAAUUUGAUUAUCUUAGCAAACUCAAGUCUCUCAGCCUAGAAGGAAUUGAGAUUACGAAUAUCCAACAAAGGAUGUUUAGACCUCUCGUGAAUCUCUCUCACAUCUAUUUUAAGAAAUUUCAGUACUGUGGCUAUGCCCCGCAUGUGCGCAGCUGCAAGCCCAACACGGAUGGGAUUUCCUCCCUUGAGAACCUCUUGGCAAGCAUCAUUCAGAGAGUCUUUGUCUGGGUUGUGUCUGCAGUUACCUGCUUUGGAAACAUUUUUGUCAUUUGUAUGCGACCAUACAUCAGGUCUGAGAACAAGCUGCAUGCCAUGUCCAUCAUUUCUCUCUGCUGUGCUGACUGCCUGAUGGGAGUAUAUUUAUUUGUGAUCGGGGCCUUUGACCUCAAGUUUCGGGGAGAGUACAACAAACACGCACAGCCAUGGAUGGAGAGUGUUCAUUGUCAGCUGACUGGGUCUUUGGCCAUUCUGUCCACAGAAGUAUCCGUUUUACUUCUAACAUUCCUAACGUUGGAGAAAUACAUCUGCAUUGUGUAUCCUUUUCGGUGUUUAAGACCUCGAAAAGGCAGGACAAUCACCGUUCUGAUUUUCAUUUGGAUUAUUGGAUUCAUAGUGGCUUUUGCUCCACUCAGCAAUAAGGAAUUUUUUAAAGACUAUUAUGGCACCAAUGGAGUGUGCUUUCCUCUUCAUUCAGAAGAUUCGGGAAGUACUGGAGCCCAGAUUUAUUCCGUGGUGAUUUUUCUUGGCAUUAACCUGGUAGCGUUCAUCAUCAUUGUGUUCUCCUACGGAAGCAUGUUUUACAGUGUUCAUCAGAGCACCAUAACAGCGACUGAAAUACAGAAGCAGGUGAAGAGGGAGAUGGUCCUUGCCAAACGCUUCUUCUUCAUCGUGUUUACUGAUGCAUUAUGCUGGAUUCCCAUUUUCAUUCUGAAAUUUCUUUCACUGCUUCAGGUGGAAAUACCAGAAACUAUUACUUCUUGGGUGGUGAUUUUUAUUCUACCUAUCAACAGUGCUUUGAACCCGAUUAUCUAUACUUUGACCACCAGACCGUUCAAGGAAAUGAUCCAUCAACUCUGGUACAACUACAGGCAAAGAAGGUCUAUUGACAGAAAAGGGACUCAGAAGGCAUAUGCUCCGUCAUUCAUCUGGGUGGAAAUGUGGCCCUUGCAAGAGAUGCCCACUGAGUUCAUGAAGCCAGCAGUUUUCACAGACCCCUGUGAUCUGUCUCUAGUCUCUCAGUCAUCUCGACUCAACUCUUAUUCCUAGCUGGCUCUGUCUGGAAACCAUUUAUUCUCAGAGAAUACUGUGAAGUGCUUCUAGAGGGAUUUGCUGAUAUGAAGUAAAUACCACAAAAUGUGUGACUUAUGGUUAAGACAAGUUCACUUCGAGUGACACAAGGUGGGGAAAGGUGGCUGAUGUUCAUACGAAGAGAAGUAACUAUCCUGACAACGUGUGCAUGUGUGUGAAUACAUAGUUGCAUAGGAAACGAAGGGAAAUCUAUUUCUGGCAUGCAUUUAUGCACACUGCAUGGAGGUAAAGUGCUGGACACACACAAUAUAAAGCUGUUUUAAUCUAUAUAUUGUGUUUAAUUACUAACAACACAAAUUCUACCCACAGCUCCUAGAUUUCUCUGUUGUGCCUAUCAGCAAACAUAAGACCCAUAGACAUUUUAAAAUUAAGGUCUAAGGUUUUAGAAUACUCAAAGAUGACAGCGUCAGAUAUAAUGUGUGGAGCCAGUGAGACGCUCAGUGGAUAAAAUUCAUUACUAUACAAGUGUGCUGGCCUGAGCUCAAUAUUUGGAUCCCAUGUAAAGGUGGAAUGAAUAGACUCUGGAAAACUGUCCUCGGACCUCCACUUGUGUGACAUGGCACGUGUGUGUGCAUAUGCACAUCACACACACACACACACACACACACACACACACACACACACACACAGAAAUGUUUUUAAAUAUGGCUGUAUGCAAAACAGAAACAUUGUGUUUAGAGAAUCCUCUGUGUUGUUCUUGGAGUCUCCAUACUUGAGAGUCAAGGCAAUGUAUUUAUUAAAAGGAAGCUUUGCUGCCAGGUGUGGUGGACAAACCUGUAGUCCUAACAUUAGAGAGGGAGAAGCGGAAGGAGCACAAGUUCAAGGCCAGCCUCAACAACCUAGAGAGACCCUGCCUCUAACGUGCAAAAGUAAAGCUUGGGUUAUGGUUCAGUUGUUAAAGUGCUUGCUGCACACGCACGGGGACCUGAGUGUGAAUUCCUGGAACCCACACUUCAAAAAGAAGGUGUGCUAGGGCAUGCCUGUAAUCCUAGUGCUGUGGAGGCAGAGACUGGAGGAUCCCCAAGGCUUGUUGACGAGCUAUUGGGAAGACACCCAUCAUCAGCCUCUGAUUUCCACACACGUAUGUGCACACAUAUGCACAUACAUGCAUACACAAAGAUAAAGGAGGUAGGCAAGCUUUGUUAUACACUCAGAACCAGCAUUUUUCUGUCACUCCCUACCCAGUUUUCUCUUGGCUUUGCUUUAAGUGAGCGCCAUCACGAGGAAAUAGAACAAAGGGUAAGCCAAAAAAGGAAGAAUGGGGGUGUUUAAAUCAGUGAAAUCCAAUUCAGAGUUCAGAAACAAACCUUCGUGUUUCAACAAACUGAUUGUUUAAAAGGGUGACAAGACACAUGUAAUCUAGCCAAAUUAAAUCAAGAGGCUAUGAACAACUCAUAUCCACAACCAGCAAACAAAACUUGUAAGAAAAGCUAACACCAGUGCUCCUCCAACUGUUCCUCUGAUGGAAAGUGAGGGACCACUGGCGAACUCACUCUACGAACCCAGCACAGCCCUGAUCAAAACCAUAGAAGAGCACAACAAAAGAGUAAAAACUACUCAUCAAUUUCCUGGCAAACAUAGGUGUAAACACCAGCAAAUCAAAGUCAAAAACAGAUGGGGAAAAAUCACACACCAUGACCAAGUUUGUUUCCUCCAGGGAUGUAAGUUUGUUGGUCCAAUACACAGAAAUCAAUAAAUCUGAUACAAAAGUAGAAGAUGACAGGUCUCAUAUGAUUAUUUCAACACACACACACACACACACACACACACACACACACGCCCUUGACAAAUUCAACAUCCUUCAUGAUAAAAGAUCUAAAGAAACCAAGACUAGACGGGACACAUGCCAGCAUGAUAAAGGUUAUAUAAAACAAAGCUAGAGCUAAGUGGGACAGGAAUGAAGGCCUUUCCUCUAAAGCAGGGAAUGAGGUAAGAGUGCCUGCCGGGGACCCCACUAGUGUCACUGGUGGCAGGAAAACCAUCUGCCUGAGGUGAAGAAUGGAACUCAAGUCAGCACCAAUUUUGCAGGUGCUGGGCCAAAACUUCUAGAGUCUGACCUUGUGAUAUAUUGUUCCUUACACAUUGAAGCACAGUAAAACGCUGGAAAGAGGUUUGCAUGUGAUGAUUAUCGCAACAAAGCUGAGGCAUAGCUACAUAGAGACUCCCUAGCAAAGUAGGAAAGCACCUGUGACCCUCACAAUGAGUUCUAUUGACUGGGGCCUAAGGGGGAAGGAUCUGGGAUAAGUGUAAGGAUAGAUUCUAUUGGUGGAGGAUGCAAAGUACAGGGACCUCUUUCAUAAGGAUGGGUUCUAGUCCCUGAGACAAAGCUCAGGAUUAGAGCCUAAACAAUGCUCAGGAUUUGGGGGAGUUCAGGAAGACUGGCCUCAUAGAAUAGCAAAAAUAUCACCAAAUUGUCAAGACAACAUCCACUCCAGCCUUCUGGGUGACCAAGCGUCAGUCAUUUUCUUCCUUUGAAGAAAUUAGGCCCGUGUGUUUAACAGUUCUGGUUCCUCCAAUGCUUUCUUUAAGCUGUGCUUCCUACAAGUGCCCACUUACACAAUUCCUAUUCAAUAUACUGUUCAAAGUCUUAGCUUGAGAAAGUAUAAAAAGAAACAAAAUGGACACAAAUAUGACCAGGAGAAAUUAAUAUAUGCUUAUUGUAGACAACCCAAACCUACAUUUCAAAGUCCCUAAAGAUUCCACCAGAAAGCUUCUAGAUUUCAAUGUUUUCUGUAUAGUGUUCCUAAAAAUAGAACUACCAUGUGACCUAGUUAAUCAAUUCAUAGGUGUACACCCAAAGUACUCUGUGUUAAUAUAACACAGAAAUACAUCCAUAUUUAUUGUUAAUACUGUUCACAGAAAAAAGGGAAAGGGGAAA